AUGGCUCCCAUUUCUCCAUCAGGGGCUCCUGAACCAACUGGUCCCUCUCCAGCAGGGGUCUGGAACUGCCCCGAGGACCCCCCAUCACCAGCUGCUUCAACUGCCCCAUCUCCUGCAGCAGGAGGGACGCCUGGCCCAGCACCCAGUGAAGGCUGCAGAGCUCCAGGAGCACCACCCGCUCCUCCGAGGGCACUCGGGCUGUCUGGAUCCGAAAUGGAGGAUGCUGCGACCACACCACGGGCAGAGGCAGAACCAGAUGGGGACCCUGCACCAGGCAGUUGA